CCCCUCUCUCUCUCUGUAUCACAAACCUCUCUAUUCUUCUCCAAAUCCACACUGCCCUUCUCUCUCAUUUGUUGUUCUCUCUCCGCAGAGAGAGAGAGAGAGGGAUUCCGCCAUUAAUACCUCCCUGCGACAAAGCGUGAUAGAGAGAGAAAGAGUGGGUUAACCGAGUUUUCUCUGUUUGUUUCACGGAUUCUGUGGUUUCGAAAUCAAAAACCGCUGUUCUAUAGCUGCUUGUUUGCUCGUACUGUUGGGGGUCAUGGAGAUGGACCUCAGCAAGGUUACUCUCGAGAUCUUCACCAAACUUGAGCAGAAAUGGCUGUCUCACUGCGAGAACACCAGGAGGACCAGAAUCCUUAGCAUCGACGGUGGUGGAACCACCGGCAUUGUCGCUGGAGCUGCUCUUGUCCACCUUGAGGACCAGAUCCGCCUUCAGACCGGUGAUCCCCACGCUCAGAUCGCCGAUUUCUUCGACAUUGUUGCCGGAACUGGAAUCGGCGGCAUCCUGGCCGCCAUGCUUGUCGCCGAUAAUGGCUCCGGCAGGCCUCUCUUCACCGCUAGAGACGCGCUCAAGUUUGUCACCGAGAAGAACUCGGAGCUCUUCAAGGUCCGGUACACCGGAUUUCUCCACCGGAACCGGCGAUACUCCGGUAACAGCAUGGAUAAGGUGUUGAAGGAAGCGUUCCAGAGAGAGGACGGGAAGGUGUUGACCUUGAAGGACACGUGUAAGCCUCUCCUCGUUCCUUGCUUCGACCUCCAAACAUCUGCUCCCUUCGUCUUCUCACGCGCCGGCGCGUCGGAGUCGCCGAGCUUCGACUUCGAGCUCUGGAAAGUGUGCCGCGCCACGUCAGCGACCCCCAGCCUUUUCAAGCCGUUUUCCGUGUCGUCGGUGGACGGCAAGACAUCUUGCUCCGCCGUCGACGGAGGCUUGGUCAUGAACAACCCAACCGCCGCCGCCGUCACUCACGUGCUUCACAACAAGCUCGACUUCCCCUCUGCUAAUGGCGUUGAGGAUUUGCUGGUUUUGUCGCUGGGGAACGGUUCGUCGACGGUGUCGCCGCCUGGUCGGAAACUCCGUCAUAAUGGCGAGUGCUCCACAUCCUGCGUCGUCGACAUAGUGCUAGACGGCGUCUCCGACACCGUCGAUCAGAUGAUGGGGAACGCUUUCUGUUGGAACCGUACGGACUACGUUAGGAUCCAGGCCAACGGUUUUAUGAGCGACGGAGACGAAGAGGUGCUCGAGGAGAGAGGAGUCGAAACGUCGCCGUUUGGAGUGAAACAAUUGCUAACGGAGACUAACGGACACAGAAUCCAGAGCUUCGCGCAGCGCCUCGUUGCUUCCGGAAAGUCCAGUCUCCCUCCCAGCCCCUGCAAGGAAUCCGCCGUUAACCCUCUCGCUGACGGCCGUUAACUAGCUGUCCCUUUUUUUUCCCCUUAGUUUAAUUCCCCCACUUCUUUUUCCCUUUUUGUUUUUUUUUUUUAAAUCCUUAACCCCGAUGUAAGGUGUAACCAACCCAGGGUUAUGUAUUAACCCCUUUCCUCUACCUUGCAGUUAAUUAGCUUUUAAGAAGUAAUAAUAAUAAUAAGCCUGCUUCAAUUU